GGUUACUAUGACGCUGGAGACAACAUCAAGUUUGGCUGGCCCAUGUCAUUUAGCGUCGCCCUCUUGAGCUGGGCUGCCACCGAGUACAAGGCACAGAUUUCUGCAGCUGGCCAGCUCGACUACUUGCACUCAGCGAUCAGAUGGGGAGCCGACUUCAUACUAAAAGCUCACACUUCGCCAACCACACUCUAUACUCAGGUAGGUGAUGGAUCAGACCACUCAUGCUGGGAGCGUCCAGAAGACAUGGACACGCCUCGUAAUCUAUUCAAGAUCACUGAAAGUUCACCAGGCACAGAGGUGGCUGCAGAUGCUGCUGCAGCCCUCGCCUCUGCUUACAUGGUAUUCGAGAGUGUCGACCCCGACUAUGCAACAAAACUUUUAGAGGAAGCAAAAGCACUUUUCGAAUUUGCCGAUAAGUAUAGAGGAUCAUACCAAGCCUCUUGUCCAUUCUAUUGCUCCUUCUCCAGCUAUGAGGAUGAGCUUCUAUGGGGUGCCACUUGGCUAUUCAAAGCAACUAAAGAUGUCCAAUUUCUGACAUAUGUAUCAAAUAACCAGAAAUGGAGUGAUGUUGUUCCUGAAUUCAGCUGGGACAACAAAUUCGUCGGAGCACAGGCUUUGCUAGCAAAAGAAUAUCUGGCAGGGAAGAAAGAUUUAGCUAUAUACAAGACCCAUGCUGAUGCAUUUGUUUGUUCGUUGAUGCCGGGAAGUGGUGCUGUGAGAAUCCAAACCACACCGGGAGGGCUUCUGUUCACUCGCGACACUGUUAACUUGCAAUACGUGACGAGUGCUGUUAUGGUGCUGUUUUACUACUCAAACACCUUAGAUUCAGCUGGGAUUGGUGAAGUCCAGUGCAGCUCAGCUAAUUUUACAAAUGCUCAAAUCAGAGCAUUUGCUAAAUCACAGGUGGAUUACAUACUAGGCAACAAUCCACUGGGCUACUCAUACAUGGUGGGGUUUGGCACCAAGUACCCGAAACGCAUACACCACCGAGGUGCAUCCAUACCAUCCAUCAAAUAUCAUCCAGCAAAGGUGGCCUGCGGCGAAGGCUUCGCCGAUUAUUUCAACACUGAUAACCCUAAUGCCAACAUUCAUGUCGGAGCAAUUGUCGGUGGUCCUAACUCCGGUGAUGCAUUCGGUGACGUUAGAUCAGAAUCUAUACAUUCAGAGCCCACCACCUACAUGAAUGCAGCCUUCCUGGGUGCCUUGGCACCUCUGCUCGAUGAAAAAUGUCGCUUGCAGCUGCCACUGGACGACGGAGCAUCGAUGGCAUCCACUUCCUAG